AUAAACUUUUGCCAUUCGACCGGCUCCCCUUUUUGUGUAAACGUCGGCCAACUGUUUGUGUCGGCGAAUAUAUUUCCGGCGUUUGUUUAUUAUUUUCAAGAAUCAAAACAUAAACAGUUGACACAAUGACUCAGAUGUCCGAUGAACAGUUUCGGAUACUCAUAGAGACCAUCCGGGCCCUGGCCCCGAUCAAAGAAGAGGAACCGGUGUCGAAGGGCAGCUUCAGUAACUGCCCGGUUCGGUUCAGUGGCCAACGGGAUCACGAUGCCGUGGACGAGUUUAUCAAUGCUGUGGAAACCUACAAGGAGGUGGAGGGCAUCAGUGACAAAGAUGCCUUGAAGGGCCUGCCCUUGCUGUUCAACAACAUUGCUGUGAUGUGGUGGAAGGGUGUCCGUCGCGAUGCCAGGACGUGGGAGGAUGCCAUGCAGCUGCUGCGUGACCAUUUCUCACCCACCAAACCGUCGUACCAGCUGUACAUGGAGAUAUUCGAGACUAAGCAGGUACACGGCGAGGUGAUCGAUUCCUUCAUUUGCAAGCAACGGGCUCUGCUGGCCAAGUUGCCGGAGGGACGACAUGACGAGGAGACUGAGCUGGACUUUAUAUAUGGACUGUUGCAACCCAAGUACCGGGAAAGCAUUCCACGGCAUGAAAUAAAGACCUUUAGGGAGCUACUUGAUCGUGGCAGAACCGUGGAGCGAACGAAGCAUUAAAUGUAAAAUUAGUUAAUAGAAAUAAAUAUAUUACUUAAUAUUUUGUAAAC